AUGGAAGGGAUGAAGUCAUCAUUAGGGUUAAUACAUGAUGUAUUACAAGAUGAAUGGGUGUUAGAAUUAGUAUCCUCUUUUUCAUCUACUAGCACAAACCCAAGUAAUUACUCAAAUGCCCCAACAACACCAUCUAUUUACGAAUCGUGCCCUCGCGACGACGACGACGACUCUCCCAUCUCAUCACCAUUACCAUCACCAAUGCAAUCCUCAUUACCAUCAUGGUAUACUAAUAUUAACAACAACAACAACAACAACAACAACAACAACAACAACAACCCUAGUAAGGGUAAGAAGUCGUCUAAGUCAUGCAUGGUGCCGUACUUGGUUCAAUUGGUGAUGUGUCAUGGUCAAGGGAAGUUGUGGAAUGUGGUUAAGUCAAGUUGUAUGGCUUGUAUUAAGCCUAAUUUUAACAAGAAUAAGAAAAACAAUAAGUUGAAGGGAAUUUGUGGUGAUGUUAAUGUUGCUAAUCAUGUUCAUAUUAGGAAAGGGAGUGCUGAAUUUAGAGAGGAGGAUUUGAAAGAGGCUAUUAAGUUUUGCAACAGAUCUGCUGCAACUAGCUAG